GAAGCCAACAAAUUGAAUUCUGAAAGGCAAGUGUCAUAGUAGAAUUGAGAAUCCCUAUUAGCUACUCUUUCUCUCUCACUCUCAUACAAUACCAACACAGACUUGCUUUAUCUUUUUCUCCCACUAACACAAAAAGACUCACCACCCUUUUGCUUUUGUGUUUUUUUUUUGGAUUGUAGUUGUAGAUCUCCACAACAAAACCUAACAAAGAUGAUCCAAGAACUCUUUGGAGAAAGAAACUACUCUUCCAUUAAUGGAGGAGGAGGAGGAGGAGGUGUUUUACUUCAACCACUCACACAAUCUCCUUCUAAUUCUCAAGCUCCAUCUUCCACAACCACCAUCACAACCACCGUCACUUCCACCACCACCACCACCACCUCAUCAGAAAACCAAAACCUAAGGUGUCCACGAUGCGAUUCAUCGAACACCAAAUUUUGUUACUACAACAAUUACAACCUCACUCAGCCUCGUCAUUUCUGCAAGACUUGUCGCCGUUAUUGGACAAAAGGCGGCGCUUUAAGAAACGUACCUAUCGGAGGUGGCUGCCGGAAAAACAAGAACAUCGGUGUGUCAAACACCGCGGCAAAAACAAGCGCUAAUAAGAUGAAAAUGGUUGCAUCGGAGUUUAUUGGAAGGUCAGUACAUGGUCAGGGGUUCGAUCUAGAACAUAUGGUUCCACCAACAAGUCAAAUCUUAUGGGGUUCUCCUCAAAACUCUCAUCUACUUUCUUUACUAAGAUCUAACCAAACCCAAAACCCUAACCCUAACCAUGUUACAACAAAGGAAGAAGAGAAUAUUAACUUAAUGGGCUCAUCAUCAUCUCAUUCUCACAUGAUGACUUCUGAGCCGUUGAUUUCAAAUAUGUUGGUCAAUCAACGAACAACAGGAGGACUUGUCAAUAGCUAUGAUGGUGUUGGUCAUGUACUAUGCAACCCAUUUUGGAGAAACAAUCAAAAUGGUAACUUUGUACUUGGAGAACAACAACACCAACAUCAUCAUCAAAACAGUGAAAUCCAUCAACUUUACCAGAAGCUAAGGUCAUCAACAUCAUCAUCAUCUGGUAAUAAUAAUAAUAAUAAUUAUUGUAGUGAGAUCUCAGGUGCACCAGUGUUUUUAGGGAACGUGGCUACUAAUUCUUCUUCUAUAUCAAAUAUUUUGGAAACAACUUUCUCAGUUGGUGGUGGUGGUGAAUUAGGGUACUGGAAUCCAACUCUUUCUUGGUCUGAUCUUCAAACCACCAAUGGUAGUACUCCUUAUCCGUAAUAACAGUCAUAGUAAUGAGUAACUACUUUUGUUGACCGGUCAAAUCUUCUUUUCUCAUCAUUAUCACUAGAUAGUAUAGUAGCAUAGUUUUUCAUCUUUGUAAAUAGUUUUAAAUUGCGGCUGCAAAGGUUUCAAAAUCAUCGAUAUCCAAUUAAGUUGUUGAUCGCAAUUUAAAACUAUGUUUAUAUCUUAGACUUAGAAUUCUUAUUUUCUUAGUUAAUUUGGUUUGAUUUGGGGUGGUAUAUGAAUUACUAUGGAUCUAGUAUUUUUUAUUUCAUUUUU